AACGUGGAAUUAAUCUUGUUUAUGAUCUCGUUUUUUGUCCAAAUACUUAGAUUAUUACACAAGCUCUUGCAACCAUCUCAUUGGAACAUGUUUGCCGAGCUAGUUGUCGGUUUGAAAAGUUAUACCGUAGUUAAUAAAGAAUUCUGAGAUAUCCCACCGACCUAAAGAUAAGUAUCAUCAGUUCAUCACCCUCCCAUAUGCCUAUCACUCUAUCAGAAUCAAGAAAGAUCAUGUUUCAGAAUCAUUUAUACGCGUAACAACCAAUUUAAACAGAAUAAUCUAUAAAAAAAAAGAUGAUUAAGUACGUUUACUCAAUUGCAGUCAUCCCAAGUGAAUGAUGAAGAAUAGUGGAGAAGCCUUUAUAAGAAAAGAUCAUGUUUCUGUCAUCACCCACCAUCAGUAUUAAGACACACUCCUGAGACCAUCUCACAUAGUCUCCAUCUCCAAUGGAAUCUAUUUGGUUCAUAAUCAUAAUUACACUCUCUUUUUGUGCAACAUUAAAAGCUCUACUCAAUCUUCUUCAUCAAACCCCUACUAAAAAAUAUCCGCCUGGUCCUGUUUCAAUCCCAAUCCUAACAAGUUUGAAAUGGCUUAGAAAAUCAUCUGCAGAGUUAGAACCAUCUCUUAGAAAUCUCAAAACAAAGUAUGGACCAAUCAUAACUCUAUCAAUUGGUCAUAGUAAAUCAAUUUUCAUUACAACUUCAAGUUUAGCUCAUCAAGCUUUGAUUCAAAAAGGGGCAAUAUUUGCUGAUCGUCCACCGGCACCAGCAAUAUCUAAAAUUCUUUCAAGUGAUCAACAUAAUAUUAGCGGAGCUUCUUAUGGUCCGUUAUGGAGAUUACUUAGGAAAAAUCUCACUCUUCAGAUUCUACAUCCAUCGAAGAUCAAAUCGUUUUCACCGGCUCGAAAAUGGGUUUUGAAUAUAAUCAAGGAAAGUAUAAACAAAGAAUCGAUAUCAGGGGAAACCCCUGUUCUUGUUGUUCAUCAUUUUCAAUUUGGUAUGUUUUGUUUACUUGUUUUUAUGUGUUUUGGUGAAAAACUUGAUGAGAAAAAAAUUAGAGAAAUUGAAUCAGUUCAAAGAAAUUUAGUAUUGCGGUUUAGUAGCUAUCAGAUUCUAAAUUUUUUUCCAAGAUUGAGUAAAAUAGUUUUCAAGAAAAAAUGGGAUGAGUUUUAUGAGUUGAGAAGUGAUCAAAAAAAGGUACUAGUUCCUUUAAUUAGAUCAAGAAAAGAAGAACAGAUGAAGAAAAUUAGUGAAGAAAAUCAUGAUGAGAAAUCUUUAGGGUUAUGUUAUGUGGAUUCAUUAUUAAAUCUUGAAUUACCAGAUGGAGAAGGUAGAACAAGAAAAUUGACUGAGAAUGAAAUGGUUAGUUUAUGUUCUGAGUUUCUCAAUGGAGGUACUGAUACUACAUCAACAACUUUACAGUGGGUUAUGGCUAAUCUAGUGAAAUAUCAAGAGAUUCAAUCAAAAUUAUUUGAUGAAAUCAAAAAUCUUGAGCAAUCAAGAUCAGAAGAUUAUAAUGAUGGUGAGAUACAAGAAGAAGACUUAAAGAAACUGCCAUAUUUGAGAUCUGUAAUUCUGGAGGGACUAAGAAGACAUCCACCAGGUCAUUUUGUUCUAGCUCAUGCAGUUACUCAAGAUGUAGUGUUAGAUGGAUAUGUCAUACCAAAAGAAGCUACAGUGAAUGUCAUGAUAGCAGAUAUUGGGUUGGAUCCAAAAGUAUGGGUAGAUCCAAUGGCGUUUAAACCUGAGAGGUUUUUGAAUGAAGAUGAUGGUAGUGUGAAUGAAGAAUUAGCAGAUGUAACAGGGAACAAAGAGGUUAAGAUGAUACCGUUUGGAGCUGGUAGAAGAAUGUGUCCUGCUUAUGGUUUGGCAAUGCUUCAUCUUGAGUAUUUUGUUGCUAAUUUUAUCAAGGAAUUCAAGUGGACUGCUAAGGUUGGAGAUGAGAUUGAUUUGUCAGAGAAACAAGAGUUUACUAAUGUAAUGAAAAAUCCAUUGUGGGCCCAUGUUUCUCCAAGGCAACAAGAAGAUUAGUCAAAUAAGUUUUUCAUUUUAGAGUUCUUGUUUACAUCACGGGAUCAUUUUAGUUUUUGAUUGAAAAUUUGGUCAUUUCGUACAGGGCCGUCUCUGAAGUUUCGACCACCUUGUGACCAAGAGAUCGAAACUCCUUUCUAUCCAAAAAAAAAAAAAAAAAGUUCACACAUAGAUAGAAUGUAUUUAAUAGUAUUGAAACGAAA